AUUGAAACUUCGACCGUUUCGAGAAAACAAGAGAUGGGCAGGAAGGACGUACGGGACAGUGAACAGCAAGGAACGACAACUGAGAGUGCAGAGGCAGGCAAGGAAAACCGUGCACCACUGCAUAAGCCUCAGGACGGUUGCACUCAGACGCAUCGAACGGAGAGCAUGUCGAUCAAAAAGGAGCAAUGCGAGGAAUGCGUAAAAUUAAAUGAACAAAUUGUUUCGCUGAAGAAUCACGUCAAAACUCUUCAGUCAAGUGAUCAGGCACCAAACGAUCAGAAGAACGAAAGAAUGGAAAAAGAGUUGACCGAGAAGUGUGCCAUCCAAAAAGCGAUUGGUGCGAAAUUGCAAAAGGAAUUGGUUGAGGCACGAUCGAAGAACGAUGAAUUACGGAAGGCGUUACACGUUCUCGAUGAACAGUGCGAUAAGCUGAUGGUCAUUUUUAUUGCUCACUGUGAAAUAUCGUUGCGAAAUUAUUGA